GCCUCUCGGCUUGGCAACUUACACGAACAGUGGAGGUGAAAGGUCAGAGUUACACUGUUGCAAAUGUUAAGAUUUUGCACAACUGCACUAUGCUGCAUUAGAAACUGAGUAAUGAAUGCAAUUAUAUUGUAAUUCAACCAAUAUGUUGGGCGAAUGCGGUUCAGUGGAAAUAUCCUUUAUCAGUCUAUGCAACUGAAUAUAAGUUAAUGCGGUGUAUCAGCAGAGUACGGUCCGGGUACCGGUCACUGUGAUUGUUAAUUUCUCUGUGGUUGUGUGUGGGGGUGUCGGUGGGUACCGGUACGUGUGUAAAAUAAUUUUAGGUGAGUGAACACGUAACACUUCUUGGCAAAAUCUUUCAUCUUAUAUUCUAUACGUUUUAAACCUUAUCUAAUGUUAUGUUUGCUCUUCUGAUUUCAUAAUCAGUUUUAUUUAUUUAUUUUUAUCAAUCCUUUUAUUGUUAUUCUGAUUAUAGGCAAAAUAAACUUAUACUUAUAUAGCCUACGAUGUUCAUUCAUAAAAUCGAAAUAAACUUAUAAUAGUCGAGCCAAAUUUAAAUUUUGUUGACUUCCAAUGACAGAAUGAACUUACAGACUUCUGGACUUACUGAUCUCUUUACUAUUACGGUACUAUAUUCAGAUAUUAGCAAAGAAACUUUUUGUCAAUCCAAUAUUUUGUUUUUGAGAAGUAGUUAUGGGAAUCCCCACUUAAUGCAGCACAGCUCACCUUUUGCAAAACAGAUCUGUCCUAUUUAGCUAUGAAACUGAAGAUUUCGAGAAAAUGCCAUUUCACUUUCACUGGCCGCAAUAAUUAUAUUGUAUGUUUAGAAGUCUUGUAUUGUAAUUGACCUGCAUUAAAACGUGAUAUAUAUUAUCUGAGGUGGGAACUAUGAUAUACACAUGAUAUAGCAUGGGUAGACUAUUCCAAUCUAUCACUAUCUUAUACUCAUAUACUUCGAAUGUUAACAAAAUGUAUUAUUUUUAUGCAUGCAUUAGAAUUGUUAUAUUUAGUUUCUGAUCUGAGUAAGGUUGAGCUGACUGAUCAUGAAUGAAGAUUACAUUAAACAAACAAAUUCAACCCAAGCAAGUUUGCUUAUGACAUCACUCGAUAGCUUGAGAGAACAAAACAUUCUCCGCGAUUUCGAUGUGAAAGUUGGUGACAAAUCCUUCUGUGCUCAUCGCUGUGUCUUGGCAGCCUCGUCAGGAUACUUCAAAGCGAUGUUUACAAGCAAAAUGAAGGAAUCUCGUGAUGGGUUUAUCGAUAUGAAGGAUGUCGAUCAGAAUGGAAUUUCCCAAUGUAUAGAAUUCAUGUAUAAAGGAGUGGGAAAUUUGAAAAUGGAAUACGUUCAACAAAUCCUGCAAGCAUCCAACCUGUUACAAAUGGUUGGCUUGACAAACUUUUGCUUCCAUUACUUGAAAACCAAUCUCUCUCAGACCAAUUGCCUUUCCGUCAUCAAUUUGGCUCAAGCGUACGAUCGCCUUGAUAUAAAAGAACAAGCAGAACAGGUGCUGAUCACUAAUUUCAAAUCAGUAAUUUCCUCUGAGAUGUUCCCGUUCAUUAUCAAGCCAGAUCUCAUUCGUUACAUAAAAGUUUCAAAUGUGGGUUAUCAAACAUCAUGGCAAGCUAUGAUAACAUGGGCAAGAGCAAAAGAUGAAGAUGCAGAGAGAUGUUUUGCCGAUCUUGUUACAGUCAUCAAUAUCCAGACUUAUCCUUUCAAAUUUCUUCUGGAGACUGUGUUGGAAGAACCACUGGUGAAAAGUAAUGACAUUGCAAAGAAUUCAGUCAUCACUGCAUUAUUCUCUGAUGUCAAGAAUCUUGAGACAAAUCUCGAGAUUGACAACUGCUUCAUCCUGAAGAAUAUGGCUGAAACUCAUCAAGUUACCAACCCAAAUGCUGUGAAAAAUGUGAUGAAUCAAUUCCUGGAAUCAAAUUUCGAACAAAUCAUUGAGAAAAAAGGGUUUUGUGAUAUCAGCAAGGAUGACAUCACAAGGAUUUACAAAACCCCAAACACAAAAUAUUCUUCUGAGACUGUUAAAUGGCAUGGAGCUCUUAGAUGGAUAAAGCACGAUCUUCAAAAAAGGAAAACAGUUUUUCAUGAACUGUUCAGCCUUCUUGACCUGAAAAAAUUUCCUUUAAAAUUUCUGGAAAAAAACAUCCGCUCGGAAAUUCUAGUCAAUGACUCUCGUAAAUGCUACGAUAGACUUUUUGAUGAAAUAUUAUCUCGAGCAAGAAAGAGUUCACAAUUUUCUAAUCAGUCAGUCCAGCAACCAACAUCAACAAGAACUAGAGCAGAUAGAGAAACAUCCCUGGGCAACACUGCAUCAAGUAGUCACAGCUCUAGGAAUGUCCAAGAACCAGAGAUGGGGGCAGUGGGUGGAUACAGGAGUGACACUUCAGAAUCUCAGUCUUCAAGUCAAGCUACUUCAUCUGGUCUGAUAAUCAUCAACCAACAACCACCUGGUGGAAGCAUGUCAGUGGAAAGGUUGAGGGAAUCACUGCCAGGAUAUGAAUUAUGGGUGAUGGGCACUUAUGCCAUCACUUACUCAUUCCCUGCUGGAAGUCUGAAUGUGAGCCAUGGUGUUUCAUAUGAGGCAAAGAAGUUCACUGAAUAUGUGCCUGCUAACCCCUACCCUAAGAACUUGCUACGGAAAGCAUUCAAUACAGGAUUGCUCUUCAAGAUUAAGAUAAUCAGAAGCUACAGAGGAGAGAUAAUAUGGAAUAAUGAGUUUCCUCAUAUAACUAACAAACUUGGGAGGUCCAGAUAACAAUGGAUAUCCUGAUGAUGAC